CACAAAACGGCCAAACAAACAAGUAUGGCGGCCUUCAUAAUUAUGGAUUUUAUUUCAUAAAAAAUAUGGACAGAUUAACACUACCGCGGUUGCAGAAGACCGUGGACACGGGGAAAUGUCUGCCGGCGGGAGACAGUCUACCAUCUUGGUCCAAUCUACCAUUGGACGCCAAAUUCCCCAUGGUACCUAACCCUAUAGGAACACUCACACUGUUCACAUCAAAAUGUGGAACCACAAAAUACCGCCGGAAGUCCAGUUCGGACUUUGACCUCACUGACCCACAUGGGAUGUCCAUGUCGAGCGAGUACCAUCCACUACACGACCCUCACCUUCGGUCUCACUACAGCGUCCCAAGGAUGCGCAGACAUCUUGUUCGCAACGGGUUUAUAACCAAUUCUGGAAUGGUCAUAUGUAAUUUGAAGGAGUUCAACAAGUACAGGCAGUACCUCCGUCGUAUUUGCCUGAUGGAGCUGGUGCGAGAACGGACUCACAGGGAAUCAAGCUACGGUAUUGGUAUUGGAGAGCGGGCGGCUGAGAACGACAGCAGCAGACGGAAGCCAAGAUUUGCCGAGACCAAAAGAAGACAGAUGGAGAAAAUUGAUGCCCAGAGAGCUAAACAGGAGAUGAUGGCGAAGUUGAAGGGCGAACAGAUGGAGAGAAAGAGGCGAGAACAGAGAGAACGACAUGCGGAUAUGAUGAGGAGAAAACAGGACGAAGAUGACAAAAGGAGGGACACAUUGCUCAGGAACGCCGAGCAGACUGAGAGGCGGAACAUGAAUCUACUGCGGAAAUGGCGACGACAAGAUCGUGACCAUGCUACGAGAAUGGAGGAGAACAGGCGACAGCGGGAAUCGGAACACCAGAGAAGGAAUAAAGAUUCGUGGGAGACGAGAAAGCGUGUCCAAAGGGAGAGGCUUGACAGAGAGGCGGACAUAAGGGAACAGUUGAGACUCGCUACUGAGAGGGGUAUUGGUCAUCGGAAUAGACACCUCGCGAGGCUGAGAGGUGACCAGAUGUCGAGACUACAACACCUUAAGGCGUCUGCGCGUGCCGCACGUGAAGAACGCAACAGGAUAUGCGAGGCUCGUCUGGCCAGAAGGAUAGCGGCGGCUGCCCUUAGAGCACAACGGAGGUACCGUUCGAAGUGUAACCGGCCUCCUUUCAGAAGCGAAUGGACUUUACAGCAAGUUCUCCGUCGACUCAGCUUUGCCGAUCUCGUCACAGGAAGUAGCGAAUCGUUGGAGUUAAUGCAGAUGAUUAACGCCGUCAUUGACGAGGCUGUAAAAAGCGUCACAUCGCGGUCAGAUGUAGACGGAACGUCGGAAGGUGACGAGGAGGAUUUGGGAAUGCAAAGGUUUGCUUCCGACCUGGUUGCAUCCGUCGUCAGCAAAGUAAAAAACGACAUCUACCCUGCGUACCUCCGUAUGUUGGAGUCGGGUGAACAAGCCUCCCUUUCUAUGAUGGACUCUAAUGAUGACUUGUAUGAUGACUACAUGUACGACCUGGAGCGCCCUGACACUGGUACGGAUGAAGAACUGUCCUUCAUCGCGCAGAAUUCUGAAGAUAGCUCCAUCGGAGAUUCAAGACGUAGGUCAGUACGGUUCAGCUUCGACGAGUCAAUCAUCCCCUCUACAAUGGACAGUCUUGACGUCAGCAGCUGUGGGUCAAAUCUAAAACCUGUGUCCGAGCACAUGCUGACACCGGUGCCAUCUCCUUUGCCUGGUGAUCCGCUCACAUCAGAGUUUGAUUUUGACGUGAAAAAACCAUCUAUGCCUACAAAGAUAAAGAGUGGGUUUGUUGAAUCUCUAUUGCUCCGUCUUCUUGAUGACCUCAACCACCGCCGCAUCAAACGGGAUGAUCUGGUGAAGCUUACAGGAUACUGCAUGGAUAUCCUGAGAGUCAAAGAUGUUUCGGGGAAGAGGAAAGGUGAUGAUGUUGCGUCAUCUCCCUCCGAUCACGUCGCUGACUACCUCGUGAGCUUCACCCUCAGCAAGAUCUUAGAUGACAUCAGAUCGGGAUCGGCGAGUCAGGAGGAUCUAACAUCAAUUACCCAAUCUAUCAUGAAAGAAGCUCAGAGUGGCACAGGAACUGAUGAGGAUAUCAGUGAUCAAGACUUAGACAGACUGAUAUCCGCAACGUUGUCCAGUGCAGCGGAAGAUGUGCUUGAUAAGGAUGAUCACAUCAGUGACUCAAUGCUUGAGGACUUUGUUACAACAACGCUGCGUAAGAUCAAGAAUGAUCAAGACUUAGACAGACUGAUAUCCGCAACGUUGUCCAGUGCUGCGAAAGAUGUGCUUGAUGAGGAUGAUCACAUCAGUGACUCAAUGCUUGAGGACUUUGUUACAACAACGCUGCGUAAGAUCAAGAAUGAUCAAGACUUAGAAAGACUGAUAUCCGCAACGUUGUCCAGUGCAGCGAAAGAUGUGCUUGAUGAGGAUGAUCACAUCAGUGACUCAAUGCUUGAGGACUUUGUUACAACAACGCUGAGUAAGAUCAAGAAUGAUCAAGACUUAGACAGACUGAUAUCCGCAACGUUGUCCAGUGCAGUGAAAGAUGUGCUUGAUGAGGAUGAUCACAUCAGUGACUCAAUGCUUGAGGACUUUGUUACAACAACGCUGCGUAAGAUCAAGAAUGAUCAAGACUUAGAAAGACUGAUAUCCGCAACGUUGUCCAGUGCAGCGAAAGAUGUGCUUGAUGAGGAUGAUCACAUCAGUGACUCAAUGCUUGAGGACUUUGUUACAACAACGCUGAGUAAGAUCAAGAAUGAUCAAGACUUAGACAGACUGAUAUCCGCAACGUUGUCCAGUGCAGCGAAAGAUGUGCUUGAUGAGGAUGAUCACAUCAGUGACUCAAUGCUUGAGGACUUUGUUACAACAACGCUGCGUAAGAUCAAGAAUGAUCAAGACUUAGAAAGACUGAUAUCCGCAACGUUGUCCAGUGCAGCGAAAGAUGUGCUUGAUGAGGAUGAUCACAUCAGUGACUCAAUGCUUGAGGACUUUGUUACAACAACGCUGAGUAAGAUCAAGAAUGAUCAAGACUUAGACAGACUGAUAUCCGCAACGUUGUCCAGUGCAGUGAAAGAUGUGCUUGAUGAGGAUGAUCACAUCAGUGACUCAAUGCUUGAGGACUUUGUUACAACAACGCUGAGUAAGAUCAAGAAUGAUCAAGACUUAGACAGACUGGUAUCCGCAUCGUUGUCCAGUGCAGCGAAAGAUGUGCUUGAUGUGGAUGAUCACAUCAGUGACUCAAUGCUUGAGGACUUUGUUACAACAACGCUGCGUAAGAUCAAGAAUAACCUCGAGUCCAAAAUCAUGCCCCAGGAUGGAGUGAGAGAGAUUGGGUUAGCUGUGGUCAAUGCUAUUCGUGGGAGGGAUUGUAGGUUGGAAGGUGAUUUGAAGAAGACUCUCAACGAUGUCCUUGACGAGAUGGAAACCAACACUAUGGUCGGUGCUGCUAUGGACAAGGUUGUCACGGCUAUUGUAUCCUCGUACCAUACUGUAACAUCAAAGGAGGAGAAGACUCAUACAGAAAUGAUUGAGGACUUCGUUUCAGAUAUCCUCACUCAGCUGUUUGUGAGUAUCAAAGCAGGGGAAUUCUCGGAACACGAACUCAUGCAGAUUAUCAGCACACGACAUGACAGCAAGCGGUCAAAGAAGGAUUACGUGCAAGGAAUGAUUGAUUCUGUCUUGUACCAAAUCGACAGCGGAAAUAUCACUGAGGAAGAGAUACAGGACAUUGGUAAUGCACUUAUUGAUACGGGGCGCAAGCUUCUCACUGAUAAAGGCUUCCAGAUUUCCUCAGCUGAAGGCAUUGAUCCCAUGGAAAUGACAAGUACUGAAAUUGCAGACAAGUUGGUGAAGGAAGUCAUUGACAAUAUUCGGGAACACAUGGAUGAUGAUGAAUUUGAAAAAGAAGCUCUCAAAGCACUCGCAGCCUCUUUCCUGAAAGUCCGAUCGUCCACUAUGGAAGGCAUAUCAAAUGUCCCAACAAUUGGCAGUAGCCCCGGUGGUAGCUAUCUGUCCACAGUGAAACGACCUUCUCCAACAGAGUCCUCACUAGCAAUUGAUGUGGUAUUUGCAGCAAUUGACAGGAUCACAAGAGAUCUUACUGAGAGGAAUAUACCUGUUCAUAUGCUUUCCUCAAUCGCUUGCUCCCUUGCACCUCAGGGUGAUGUAACUCCAUCAAUAUAUCUAUCGGAGGGAGGACUGGAUGAUGCUAAUUCCUUGCCACAAGGUAUGAAAAUGACUCUUACAGAAAUUACUUGCCUUCUGAGUGAAGAUAGAGUUGGGUAUGAUGACGCAAAGAAAAUAUUUGCUAUCAUUCUUCAGAGUUACCUCAUUGGCCAUCCCCAAAAGUGCUCGAGUCAUAUUCAGAUCGAUGAGAGUGAUUCUUUCAUGAUUGAGAACCUGAUACGUUUGACGUUGAACAAGGUGAUGAGGAGUGUAACCGAAGAUGUUAGCUUACUAAGCUUGCCUCUCUCGACCGACACGGGCAGUUUAUCUAUCAGGAGGCUGAGCAGUGUUAUAUCCGGCAAUGAUUUGGAGAAGCUCAUAUGGGACACUCUUCACAGAAUAGGUCAGGAGGCUUCAAUGGAGUCAGUGCUGUCACGGCCUCCAACUCCAGUACAGUUUAAAAGUUACAGUUCCGUGGACUCUCAGAACAUCGAGUCUCUGGUCAGACAAACACUAGUACAGGUCGCUCAGGACAUAGCUGAAGGCAUUACCAGUGAUACCUCGCUUGUUGACACAAAACGUGAAGUUGAGGCUGCUAUCAAAUCUUCAUCGCAUCUUUCUUCCAAUAUUGUUGGGUUUGUGAACUCAGUUCUUCAAGAGCUGAUUGUGGGCUUAGAGCGUGGAAGCAUAUCCAGAGACUGUGUGGCCCAGUUCAUGACAGAUAUAUGCCCAGGCAAAGACUUUAUUAAUAUGGAUGUGGAGCUUCUGCACAAAGACCUGCGGAGAGUGGUGAACGAUGUAUCUCAGAGGAGGACAGCGUCAGUGUACUUUCAUGCAAUCUCUGACCGAUUUUCUGCAAUUAAGUCAUAUUCGGACAGAACCAAAUCUGUGAUGACACCAGAACUUAAAAAUGUUGGUAACAUUUUGUCCAGUGUGGAUGCAGGCCUUCUUAUCAAGUUUGUUCAAGCUACCUUGUUAACGGUGUUAGGUGGAAUGCAAACUCCAAGGCAGUCUUUUUUUCAACAACUGAAACCAGAAAGUGUCACCUCACUCCUUAAACAAGAAUCCUCCGUUAUCGCCAGAAACGUUGUAAAUGAUCUUAUAAGAAGAAUACAGAGUGAAGUUUCCAAUGGGGUUCUCACAAUAGAUGAAGGUGCAAGGAAACGUUCUUCAACUUUGGCAGAUAGACUUGUUGACGAUUUGAUUCAACAGAUUCAGGGCGAGCUGGACAAAGGGUAUUUGACCCUGGACAAUUCUGCGAAACUUCAACUUAUUUCAAAGGUCAGAAAGAAGUCUUCACAUGACAUUACUGCAGGACAGAGAAAAGAAUCGUCGGAGGUUCCAAAAGAGACAGAAUCUUAUGUGUUACAGAGUCUCAAAUCAGUUGUGUCAGAAAAAAGACAAUCCACGGACGAUGGGGCUGUGGAUGUCACCAAAGGCUCCUCGAUUCUUCUCGAGGAAUUUCUAUACAGUCAUCUUCAAGACGCUGUUGAAUCCAUUCAAAAUAGGACAACAGAAAGUGCCAAAUCCACGUCUGAUUCCAGUGUCCGGGGAACAUCUUCAUUGGUACUUGCAACUCUGACUACAGUCAUUGCCGACAUGAUCAUUGAAAAUGCAUUAACUGGGCUCAAAGAUGAGGUGGCAGAAGAGACGAAGGAAAUCACAAGUUCUGAAAAGUCCUUAAAAUCUCCAUCUGAGGAUAUUCCCUUGGAUAAAGUCUCAUCUUCUGAAGUAGCCAAGUUUGUUCUGGUAACAUUGACACAAGCUUUGGCCGAGACGAAGGAAAUCACAAGUUCUGAAAAGUAUUCAAAAUCUUCAUUUGAGGAUAUUCCCUUGCAUAAAGUCUCAUCUUCUGAAGUAGCCAAGUUUGUUCUGGGAACAUUGACUCAAGCUUUUGCCAAGACAAAAGAAAUCACAAGUUCUGAAAAGUAUUCAAAAUCUUCAUCUGAGGAUAUUCCCUUGGAUAAAGGCUCAUCUUCUGAAGUAGCCAAGUUUGUUCUGGGAACAUUGACUCAAGCUUUGGCCGAGACGAAGGAAACCACAAGUUCUGAAAAGUCUUCAAAAUCUUCAUCUGAGGAUAUUCCCUUGGAUAAAGGCUCAUCUUCUGAAGUAGCCAAGUUUGUUCUGGGAACAUUGACUCAAGCUUUGGCCGAGACGAAGGAAAUCACAAGUUCUGAAAAGCCUUCAAAAUCUUCAUCUGAGGAUAUUCCCUUGGAUAAAGGCUCAUCUUCUGAAGUAGCCAAGUUUGUUCUGGGAACAUUGACUCAAGCUUUGGCCGAGACGAAGGAAAUCACAAGUUCUGAAAAGUCUUCAAAAUCUUCAUCUGAGGAUAUUCCCUUGGAUAAAGGCUCAUCUUCUGAAGUAGCCAAGUUUGUUCUGGGAACAUUGACUCAAGCUUUGGCCAAGACAAAGGAAAUCACAAGUUCUGAAAAGUCUUCAAAAUCUUCAUCUGAGGAUAUUCCCUUGGAUAAAGGCUCAUCUUCUGAAGUAGCCAAGUUUGUUCUGGGAACAUUGACUCAAGCUUUGGCCGAGACGAAGGAAAUCAUAAGUUCUGAAAAGUCUUCAAAAUCUUCAUCUGAGGAUAUUCCCUUGGAUAAAGGCUCAUCUUCUGAAGUAGCCAUGUUUGUUCUGGGAACAUUGACUCAAGCUUUGGCCGAGACGAAGGAAAUCACAAGUUCUGAAAAGUCUUCAAAAUCUUCAUCUGAGGAUAUUCCCUUGGAUAAAGGCUCAUCUUCUGAAGUAGCCAAGUUUGUUCUGGGAACAUUGACUCAAGCUUUGGCCGAGACGAAGGAAAUCACAAGUUCUGAAAAGUCUUCAAAAUCUUCAUCUGAGGAUAUUCCCUUGGAUAAAGGCUCAUCUUCUGAAGUAGCCAAGUUUGUUCUGGGAACAUUGACUCAAGCUUUGGCCAAGACAAAGGAAAUCACAAGUUCUGAAAAGUCUUCAAAAUCUUCAUCUGAGGAUAUUCCCUUGGAUAAAGGCUCAUCUUCUGAAGUAGCCAAGUUUGUUCUGGGAACAUUGACUCAAGCUUUGGCCAAGACAAAGGAAAUCACAAGUUCUGAAAAGUCUUCAAAAUCUUCAUCUGAGGAUAUUCCCUUGGAUAAAGGCUCAUCUUCUGAAGUAGCCAAGUUUGUUCUGGGAACAUUGACUCAAGCUUUGGCCGAGACGAAGGAAAUCAUAAGUUCUGAAAAGUCUUCAAAAUCUUCAUCUGAAGAUAUUCCCUUGGAUAAAGGCUCAUCUUCUGAAGUAGCCAAGUUUGUUCUGGGAACAUUGACUCAAGCUUUGGCCGAGACGAAGGAAACCACAAGUUCUGAAAAGUCUUCAAAAUCUUCAUCUGAGGAUAUUCCCUUGGAUAAAGUCUCAUCUUCUGAAGUAGCCAAGUUUGUUCUGGGAACAUUGACUCAAGCUUUGGCCAAGACAAAGGAAAUCACAAGUUCUGAAAAGUCUUCAAAAUCUUCAUCUGAGGAUAUUCCCUUGGAUAAAGGCUCAUCUUCUGAAGUAGCCAAGUUUGUUCUGGGAACAUUGACUCAAGCUUUGGCCGAGACGAAGGAAACCACAAGUUCUGAAAAGUCUUCAAAAUCUUCAUCUGAGGAUAUUCCCUUGGAUAAAGGCUCAUCUUCUGAAGUAGCCAAGUUUGUUCUGGGAACAUUGACUCUAGCUUUGGCCGAGACAAAGGAAAUCACAAGUUCUGAAAAGUCUUCAAAAUCUUCAUCUGAGGAUAUUCCCUUGGAUAAAGGCUCAUCUUCUGAAGUAGCCAAGUUUGUUCUGGGAACAUUGACUCAAGCUUUGGCCAAGACAAAGGAAAUCCCAAGUUCUGAAAAGUAUUCAAAAUCUUCAUCUGAGGAUAUUCCCUUGGAUAAAGGCUCAUCUUCUGAAGUAGCCAAGUUUGUUCUGGGAACAUUGACUCAAGCUUUGGCCGAGACGAAGGAAAUCACAAGUUCUGAAAAGUAUUCAAAAUCUUCAUCUGAGGAUAUUCCCUUGGAUAAAGGCUCAUCUUCUGAAGUAGCCAAGUUUGUUCUGGGAACAUUGACUCAAGCUUUGGCCGAGACGAAGGAAACCACAAGUUCUGAAAAGUCUUCAAAAUCUUCAUCUGAAGAUAUUCCCUUGGAUAAAGGCUCAUCUUCUGAAGUAGCCAAGUUUGUUCUGGGAACAUUGACUCAAGCUUUGGCCGAGACGAAGGAAACCACAAGUUCUGAAAAGUCUUCAAAAUCUUCAUCUGAGGAUAUUCCCUUGGAUAAAGUCUCAUCUUCUGAAGUAGCCAAGUUUGUUCUGGGAACAUUGACUCAAGCUUUGGCCAAGACAAAGGAAAUCACAAGUUCUGAAAAGUAUUCAAAAUCUUCAUCUGAGGAUAUUCCCUUGGAUAAAGGCUCAUCUUCUGAAGUAGCCAAGUUUGUUCUGGGAACAUUGACUCAAGCUUUGGCCGAGACGAAGGAAAUCACAAGUUCUGAAAAGUCUUCAAAAUCUUCAUCUGAGGAUAUUCCCUUGGAUAAAGGCUCAUCUUCUGAAGUAGCCAAGUCUGUUCUGGGAACAUUGACUCAAGCUUUGGCCGAGACGAAGGAAACCACAAGUUCUGAAAAGUCUUCAAAAUCUUCAUCUGAGGAUAUUCCCUUGGAUAAAGUCUCAUCUUCUGAAGUAGCCAAGUUUGUUCUGGGAACAUUGACUCAAGCUUUGGCCAAGACAAAGGAAAUCACAAGUUCUGAAAAGUCUUCAAAAUCUUCAUCUGAGGAUAUUCCCUUGGAUAAAGGCUCAUCUUCUGAAGUAGCCAAGUUUGUUCUGGGAACAUUGACUCAAGCUUUGGCCAAGACAAAGGAAAUCACAAGUUCUGAAAAGUCUUCAAAAUCUUCAUCUGAGGAUAUUCCCUUGGAUAAAGGCUCAUCUUCUGAAGUAGCCAAGUUUGUUCUGGGAACAUUGACUCAAGCUUUGGCCGAGACGAAGGAAAUCACAAGUUCUGAAAAGUCUUCAAAAUCUUCAUCUGAGGAUAUUCCCUUGGAUAAAGGCUCAUCUUCUGAAGUAGCCAAGUUUGUUCUGGGAACAUUGACUCAAGCUUUGGCCGAGACGAAGGAAAUCAUAAGUUCUGAAAAGUCUUCAAAAUCUUCAUCUGAGGAUAUUCCCUUGGAUAAAGGCUCAUCUUCUGAAGUAGCCAAGUUUGUUCUGGGAACAUUGACUCGAGCUUUGGCCGAUGACUCAUAUCCUCAGUCUGAUAUUAUUACCCGAGACAGUGAAAGAACCUUUGAACCAGAGACAUCUCAAGUCCCUGAACCUCUUCAAGUUGAUCCAGUAGCUCUUCCACAUGAUACAGAAACCAAACAGACAACCUUGGCAUGUGUUAACGAUCUUGUUGCUGAAGUUAUCAGCCAGACCAUUGCAAACAUCAAACAGGGAAAAUUGAGCCAAAUGGAGUUGUCCACACUGGUUGGAACAUUAACGGGCACCAACGACCAACCAGAUGGGAUAGAGAAUACCCUUGUCAAUGCCUUAGAAGGUGUGAAGACGAACAUCGUACACGGAGUAGUCAGUUCAAACAAUAUGGAAACUGUCGCACAACAGAUUGCGACUCUUUCUUUGGACAGUGAUGACAAAGUAGAGACAGAUACUGGUUCUAGCAUCCACAGUAUGGCCAAGGAUGUGGUCUCGCAGAUUGUUCUUUCUCUCGGCGAUGCUGAACGGAACGCGACUGCCGAUGGAGAUGGUGAAGGGAUAAAAGAUCUUGCCAAGUUGUCGCUCGUGCAGGGGGGUCCUGCGGCGACAAAUGCCCGUAAUUCAUUCCGUAGUCUCGUCCAACCAGAAUCAGCAGAUAAAAUGUCCGUGUCUAAAACCUCCAUGGAUUCCCCUGUUGACUCGGACGAAAGUAUAAUGUCUGUGAAUCGGGAAAUAGUUAUUGGAAGUAAAGACAGACUUCCAAAGAAGUCUUCAGGGAGAGUGACAAAUGAGGCGAGGAAGGAGAAAAGCAAACAACAAUCCAAAACAAGCGUUUCAAGCGUAUCAUCGGGCGACUCGCACCAAGAACAAAUUGUGAAACGAAGUCAGUCAAAGGAUGCAACAUCUUUGAAGUCGAGCUCCACCGAAUUGAAGCAGAGUCGAUCAAAGAAAAUGACAAAAUCAAGUGACACGUCCCUCACCAAAAAAUCAUCACUAAAAUCUGUAAAGUCACGUGACAGUUCUAAAAGGGUCACCAUAGAUCAAAGCGUCAAGGUCACAGCCUCGCUGCCAGCAAUCAAAAUAGACAACUGCAGCAGCAACAUGACAUUUGGCACCAGCUGUUCCUCAUCCUCGUCCACCAUCUCAAACUCGGAAUCACAGCAGGAGCCGAAGACACAGAAGGUCAAAGAGAAGAAAGAGAGAGCCAAGAACGUUCCUACGGUGAAAGUCACAGAAGCUUCAGACCCUGACAGUAACGGAAGUGAUGUGUCCCAGAGCAGCAGUCAGGCAGAUGCAAUGAAGGUUCGAUCUGUGUGUGGGUCUCACACAACCCAGGUCAGAGUCAGGGAUUCCCAAGCUGACGUCAGUCAAGAGUAGAAGUCACGUGACCUUUGCCUGAGAAAACGAGAAAUCACACAAUUAAGAUAAUUUAUAUGUACAUCAUAGCUCCUAGAUUAAUACACCACUUCAGGAUAUCACACAUUCUUUGUUUAUGUAAAAUAUUGUAUUUAUUGAAAUAAACUAUGUUGUUGUUUGA